GCAAUACGAGUCUUAAAGAACAUCAUCAAUGGAUUGAAAGAUUCCACUUUCAGCUUUCUGUGAAAAAGUGCCUCAAGCAAGGUCGGGAGAUGUGUGAAAGAGUGUGACGGACGGCCAUGGGACUGGAGAGACGGUGGCUUCAGGCUGUCACCAUUGCUGUAGCCAUCUGUCUGCUAAGUGUGUCUCAAUGUGUGGCAUCAUUGGUUCGUGCCAGAGAGGGGGCCUCUGCAGAACUAAGCUGCAAUCUCACCCCUACACCCAAAGACGCCACCACCCCAAACCUCUUCCCUCUGCAUGUAGUGGAAUGGGUGCGCCUAGGUUACAACGUUCCCAUCCUCAUCAAAUUUGGAGUGUAUGCUCCUCGAGUUCAUCCAAACUACAGGGGCCGUGUAUCGCUGACCAGUGGUGCUUCUCUGCUGGUGGAUCGGCUGACCCCGGAGGACGAGGGCUGGUUCGAAUGUCGCAUUCUGCUCCUGGACAGCAAAAAAGACGACUUUAGAAACGGCACAUGGACCUUCCUCUCCAUCACAGCUCCACCUGUGUUUAUCAAGACACCACCGACUUUCGUAGAGGUUCUGCUCGGAGAUUCACUGACUCUCAACUGUGGAGCCCAUGGCAACCCGCGACCAACUGUUGUCUGGUAUAAAGAUGAGAGCCAAAUAGAGAAACAUGAAAAAAUAAAAGUCCUCAAUGGUACCUUGUCUAUGGCCUCUGUCACAAGAAAUAUUUCAGGAGUGUACAAAUGUCACGUGUCCAAUUCAGAGGGGAACCUCACCCACUCUACGCAGCUGCAGAUUAAAGGACCUCCAAUCAUCAUCAUCUCCCCAGAGGACACCACUCUCAACAUGUCCCAGGAUGCAGUUCUGCAGUGUCAGGCUGAUGCCUACCCUUCCAACCUCACUUACGAAUGGCUGAAACAAGGACAGAAUGUUUACCAUAUUGAGUCGCUUAAAUCCAGAGUGAAGGUUUUGGUGGAUGGAACACUUCUGAUCCCUAAUCUCAUCCCAGAGGAUGCUGGCAACUAUACCUGUAUCCCAUCUAAUGGGUUACUCACCCCGCCCUCAGCCUCUGCAUACCUCAAAGUGAAACACCCUGCACGCGUGGGCCGAAUGUCCCGGGAAACGUACUUGCCUUCAGGCAUGGAGGGGGUAAUUAUCUGCCCAGUGCAGGCUGAUCCGCCUGUGCUGUUUGUCAACUGGACCAAAGAUGGGAACAAGUUGAAUCUUGACAAGUUCCCAGGUUGGAUAGUGAACUCAGAGGGCUCUGUUUUUAUAGCAACAGCCAAUGACAAUGCUGUAGGCAUCUACACGUGUACGGCCUAUAACAGUUAUGGCACCAUGGGGCAGUCUGAACCCACCAAGGUCAUUUUGCAGGACCCACCAUCAUUCCGAGUGCUUCCUCAGCCCGAGUAUUUCCAGGAGGUGGGCAGAGACUUGAUCAUCCCCUGUGAAGCCGUUGGAGACCCCACUCCAAACAUAACUUGGAGCAAGAUUGGCCCUACUCCUCGCUCCCUGUACACGGUGAUGGCUAACGGCUCCCUCCUGCUGCAGCCGCUCAGUAAAGAUCACCAAGGGGGCUGGGAGUGCUUGGCCACAAAUCGUGUAGUGACUGUCAGCGCAGGCACCGUGGUCAUGGUGCUGGGCACAAGUCCUCAUGCUGUAUCUUCAGUAUCUGUCACCACGGAGAUGGACCAGGCCAAUGUGUCCUGGGUGCCUGGCUAUGAUGGUGGAUACACCCAGAAGUUCACUGUAUGGUUCAAGCAGGCAUUUCGAGGAAAACAUGAAUGGGCGUCUUUGCCUGUGCCGACAUCUAAAAACUACCUGCUGGUGACCGGGCUACUUGCUGACACCGGCUAUCAGUUCAGCCUUCUACCUCAGAAUAAACUCGGCUCUGGACCUUUCAGUGCAAUUGUUUCUGUGCGGACUGAAGCUGUGCCGACAGAAUCACCGACGGCCGUCACCACUCUCCCAAUCCUGGAUCCUCCGAUACUCCUGUCCGCCAACCAGACCGACCGAGGUGUUCUCCUCCAGUGGUCGCCUCCGGGGGCGCCAUCCUCUCCACUGACGGGCUUUGUGCUGCAGGCCCGCAGGGAUCGGGGCCAAUGGGUCAUCCUCAGCAGCAACAUCAGUGCCAAUCAGAGUGAACUACUUGUACAAGGACUGUUAAGGGACUCCAGUUAUGAUCUGAGGCUAAUGUCUUGUAGCAACAACGUUCUCAGUGAACCGAGUGAGUCUGUCAAUGCAUCCACCACAGGGAUGGAGAUUUACCCCCUGCGCACAAGUUUCUUGGAGUUCAUCCCUGAGCCCCUGUUGGCCGGAGUGUUGGGGGGAGUUUGCUUCCUGUUUGUGGCCAUCAUUCUCUCAUUGGUGACAGCAUGCUACAUGGGUCAAAGGAGACAGCGUCGGCGCAGAAAGAGAAGACAAGAUCUCCCGUCUGCUCUCCAGAAGAGCUCAUCCCCAGAAACUCGCUCACCUCCUCGCAGCCCGGACAGUGUCCUAAAGCUGAAGCUGUGUCCGCAGCUUCCCUUCUUCCCCAAAUCCUCCUCACAGUUCGACCGGUCGUCCUUUGAUAAAGGCAGCCGUGGGGAAUACCACGACCAGCGGAAACAACUUCUGUCCAACUCAUCUCCGCCACCGCAUUAUACACUCUUUGAGAGUCACCUGGGCUCUCAGGACACUUCACCAUCUGCUCUGGAGUCCAUCUCCAGAGGCCCAGAUGGGCGCUUCAUUGUCCAACCCCUGCCACAGGGUUCCAGCCCCUCCAAUAAGAAAAACUCGACAAUAGAGGUCCUGCAAAGUAAUGGUGGGGCAAGUGGUUCAGGGAGCAACAGGACGUCAUUCAGGGACUCCCCUAAGUCGAGCAUAUUAAGCUCAGAGAAGGACAAGAGGAAGGAUUCUCCUCUCACUGUGGACGUCCCAGAGUUGAGCAGACCGCCUUCCUCGCCUGGAAGAGUACGAGCCAUGGCCAGAAACUUCUCCCGUCACGGCUGCUUUUACUCUGAUGACGAACAAGGCUCCGAGGCUCUAUUAGAAAGAGCCAGCUUCUAUUCAGACAACACUGAGAAAAAGCCCAGCGAUUCUCUCAGGAGAUAUCGCAUACCAGGCCACACCGAAGAUCUCAUCCCAAGUUUUGUGAGGAGAACAGAGUUGCUGAAUAGAGACAGAGACAGACAACACCAUUCAAACUACCAGCCAAUAGAGAGUCAGCUGACUAAUAACAGCACCAUGGUCUCACAGCUUGACAGCGAGCUGGAGGGUGGGAGUAUUAAUAAGUGUGUCCAACGAGCAAAAGAGAGGGAAGAAAUGGAGAGGGAGCUGGAGAGCUAUACAGCCGAUCAAAGAAGUCGAGGUCGUGGGAGAGACGAUGGACAGUCUAGUAAGACAAAAAGCCCUCAAAGGGACACACCCAAUGCAGAGAAAGAGCCUAUAUGGAAACCACAGGAUGUAGCAAUAAGACGGAAACACCGGCCCUCAAGUCAGACAAGUCGAGUAUCUGACUAUCGAAAGGCGUGCUACUUUGGGAACGCCAGCAGUCCCAUGGACCGACUCCCUACGUCUUGCAUACAGUGGGACAUUAGUCCUGUUACAUCCGCCACCAGCCUCCUUCCUGCACAGAGCUCCCAGCAUGCUCGCACGCGUCGGGAAACCACGGAGGACUCUCUUGCUGUUGAUCCGUCACGCUCUCCAGUCACUCAGAACACCUCCCUCCCCAUGCUGUCCCCCGACGUGAGCUCUGAAAGCCCCCCUGUUCUGUGUCUAGAAACACCAGACAGAGCCAGGUCAUUGAGUCCUCUGAGAGAGCAGGAUAGAUGCAGGAAGUCCAUGACUGAGCAGGGCUUAGGGGAAAAGACACAAGACAAAGGUGCUGUUGCGUCAAGGUCCAGACAUUCAUAUGCAGGCGCUCAGCCCUCGGGUUCAGCUGCCAGAGGUCCUUCAGUUGAGAGUUCAGCCUCCGCACAAUUUAGUCAGCCUGAGAGAACUACAAAAUACUACACAGCCACAAGGGAUCCCAGUCCAUCAAGUUAUUCUACCUUACCCUAUGAACAUAUUGAAGUAGGGGCAAAGGCCAAAGGAAAAGACACUCAGGCCCGAGAUGACAGGCGAAGUUCAGGGUUUUACUCUGAAAGAGAGGGUGUGCGAACACGCUCCAGGAGAAGUGAAAAAUGUCUUUUCUCUGAAAGUCCAAGCCCCGUUUCAACAUUGACACUUGUAGAAGAAGUGGAUAGUGACCAGUCCCACUUUUCUGUCCCUGGAACGUCAGGGUCCUUCAAGGCAAAGCCUGCCACUCCAUCUCCCCAGAUGUCCCCACUGCAGACAAGUGCAAUUCUUGAAUACCUGAGCCUCCCGGGUUUCAUUGAAAUGAGCGUGGAUGAGCCUGUGGAAGAUGCUGCAGCGACAGACACUGCUGGACAAAGUUCAGAACUAAAGCAAUCAUCCCCCGUGGUUAAGCCUGAUAUCGUUCCUAAAAACUGUGAUGUUCAUGUUCAGGACAACCGGAACACACACUCGACCCCCCAUACUGCAGAAGCCGGCUUUUAUUCUGGUAAAAAACAAGGCCAUAAGCACUCCCUCCAUGUGGACGCUAGAGAUACUUCACAUAGAGUAAGAUUUCCAGAUGACGCAACGCCAUCGUCACCUGGUCCAGAGAAAACUAGCAAGCAGCUGUAUAAUGAGAAAACACUAAUUCGGAUUGGUAGCAAAAGUACAGACAGACCUGAGUCCAGCUUUGGAUCUAGGUCAGCUCACACGUUGCUCAGUGCAGCUCGAGGAAUGGCAGAUAUCGUGUCAAAACACCCACAGAGCAGAGGAGACAGUCGUGAGUCUCUUUCAGAGCAAUCCCAAAGACGAGCUUCUCAGGGCAGCAGGACGAAUAACAUCGCAUCACGAAUAUGUCAAGUCCCUGUGCCAUUUCUAAAGAAGUCCUUAAGCAUAGGCCCUUGUAGGACACUCUCGGGAAUGGGACAGCCGCGUCCUUUCCUAAAGAAGUCCAUCAGCUUAGGCUCACAGAGGUGGGAGCACUUUGAGAGCCCGAGGACAUAUAUUUCUGAGAAGUGUUACUGGGACGAGUUCCCAAACCCAGAUGUCAGGGUGAAGUCCUACAGUUUGGGUCGCAGUCCACCUUCCCUUCCCAGGCCGGGACCCUCCUGGAGGGAGUACGCCCCAUUCAGACGACCCAGCAUGGAGAGCUUGGAGAGGUCUCACCACGCACAAAGAUCUUUAGCAAACCCUUCCUACCUCACUCCUUCCAUGUACCCACCGAGACGAACCUCAAUGUCCCCAAUGCUGGAACGCUCCGAUCCACGAAGGCAACCCACUGUUUUCCCACAGGCCUCCAGGUGGUCUCCCUCUUAUCAAGAUACCAUGAGGUCCGCCCCGAUUAAAUAUGUCCCCAUCCCUGUCCCCGAGUACCAACACUGGCCAGGAUCCAGAGGGGAAAGCAUGAGACCCAUGGACCCCAGCAGAGGCCCUCCGAGGCCCUACAUGCCCAGAGGCAUCAGCUGGCCCUCGCCUCACUAUGCCCCCUUUCUAUCCAGAGAGGCAGAAAGUUACAGACAGCCAGACAGGGUGAUGAGGAGGAGAGGAGACGGAGAUCAGGGAGGUCAGAGAGACCAGGGAGGGGGGGAGGACCAGCUACGCCAGUCAGAGCAGUGGUAGAGGCAGCGCCGGUCUCUUCCGACAGUCCCUGUCCAUCACGCCCACACUGCUCAGCUCCCCCGAAACCACAGAGGAGAGCGAGCGGCACAGAUCUGAGAUGGAGCCGCCUGAGAGGAGAGUGAAAAGAAGGAACACGUCAGUAGACGAGAGUUAUGAGUGGGACUCUGCUGAUGCGUGUGUGGACUCGGAGGUCCUGGAGGCCAUGAGGUUUGAUCAGUCACAAAUGGGUUUUCGGAGAGGCUGGUCGGAGCUCAGAAAUGAUCAAGCUGGUGGCCUCCAGGACCGGCGACAGAAAGGCCCGUGUCCCUCAGUCAGCCCGCCAGUUUCCAACCCAUCUCGCUGCCAGUACAGCCGCUCCCUAAGCGAAGCGCGUUUCAACGCUCUCCGCCAGGAAUACCAGGAGUUCAGGCAGACUCAGGAACCCAUCUGUUCCCGUGAGCCCUGCCUCGACCCGGGCCACGAUUCAGACUCCGGCUCGGCACUACUCUAGCGGCGCAACUCGGUACUGAGACAGAUACCAAAAAGCAGUUUUAAUGAACAGACGACAGCACUGUGGUACUGGACAUAGUCACACAUCACUGGAGCGUUCUCACGGAAGAAAACUAAUGGUUCAAAGUUUGUACCGCCUCCGUUGUUAUCCGCUGAUGUCAUAUUUUUCUUGUACUUGUUCCAUUGUGCUUUGCAUAAUGAAGCCGAGAAGGGAUUAUUUAUUUUUCUGAGAAGCUUGCGCAACUGUAUUUUGGAGAUUUUUGUUUUUCUUCUUCUUUUUUAAACCAUGACAAUCAGGCACACAAGGUCCCUUUGAUAAAUGAAAUGCUCACCCUGGACUUAGACAGUUUUACAGAUGACGGAGACUUGCUUUCUAAAAGCAGCAGCAUGCUACAUGAUGACGGUUGUAUUUCAACUUCCUGUCCAUCACAUUAAAGACUCCCCUUUGAUAAUGAAGGGAUGCUCAUAUGGAGGU